UAUUGCCUCCCCCUAUAGAAGCGCCUAUAGCUCAUCCUUCACGGGCUUUUGGAAGGGGAAGGCACCUCUCUGCUCCUCGCCCGUCAUUCUGCACAUUUAAAGCGCUCGUCCUGCCCGAGCUGGUGUGAUGGGAUAUUUAAAGCUUUUACUGGUUGAGAAUUUCAAAUCCUGGCGGGGACAGCAAUGCAUUGGGCCGUUCAAGAAAUUCACCUGCAUCAUUGGUCCCAACGGUUCAGGGAAAUCAAACGUAAUGGAUGCCCUUAGCUUUGUAAUGGGUGAAAAGACAUCUAAUUUAAGAGCGAAGCACAUUCAGGAACUGAUACAUGGGGCACAUGUUGGAAAGCCAGUUUCAUCAAGUGGAAGUGUAACAAUGGUGUAUGUGGAAGAAAAUGGGGAAGAGAAAAGAUUUUCAAGGAUUAUUCGAGGCAAUGGAUCUGAGUUUCUUGUUAAUGACACUGCUGUUAACCGAUCUAUGUAUACAAAGGCACUUGGGGAAAUAGGCAUAAUUGCAAGAGCAAAGAAUUGUCUUGUUUUUCAGGGUGAAGUUGAAGCAAUUGCAAUGAAGAAACCCAAAGAAAGAGCUCAGCUUUUUGAACAAAUUAGCAACUCAGGAGAGCUUGCUGCUGAAUAUGCAGAAAAGAAGAAAGAUUUGCAAAAGGCGGAGGAAGAUGCACAGUUCAGUUACAACAAGAAGAAAAAUGUUGCAGCUGAGCGCAAACGUGCAAAAUUAGAGAAGGAGGAGGCAGAACAUUACCAGGUGUUGUUUGAAGAACUGAGAGAAUGUAAGAGGCAGUUGCAGCUUUUCCAAUUGUAUCACAAUGAGCAAAAAAUCAACUUUCUCAGUAAUAAAGCAGCUGAAAAAAAUAAGAACAUUGGUACUAAGAAAAUUGCUGUUUCUCAUGCCGAAGAAACAGUGAAAGCCAAGAAAUCUGCUUUUGGAAUGUUAAAUAGAAGCAAUCAGCACAUUGAAAAAGAAAUUAGGGCUCUAGAAGUUAUACUGAAUCAAAAGAGGCCUCAGUAUAUUAAAGCAAAGGAAAGAACUUCUCACCAAAUUAAAAAAGUAGAUAUGGCUAAAAAAAAAUUAAGAGAUCAUAUGAAAGAGCAAACUAAGCAAGAAGAAAGCAAAAGGGAAUUGGAGCUAGAACUGACUGAGAUUGAGAAAGCUUGGCGAACAUUUGAAAAAAAGGUUGAAGAAGAGGCACGACAUCGAGAAAGAGAAGUUUUGCUGGAGGAAAAUCAGGUAAAUCAAUACUGGGAAUUGAAAGAACUAGUACGUAAAAAAGUAGCCAUAUUAACUCAGCAAAGAGAAAAACUGCUGUGGGAGCAGAAGGCAGAUAUGGAAAAGAUGUCAUUUGAUCAGCAGAGGCAGAAAGAAACUGAGGAAAAUAUAAAGCACAUCAUGGAACAAAUAGAGGAUAAUGAAAGAAGGAUGGAGAAGCUUGUGGAAUACAGCAGGACAUGCUCGGAAUCUUUAGUAGAAAAAAAGCAACAAGAAGAAAUGUUGACAAAUGAGAUUGAAACUUCAAAGAUCCGAAUAGCCAAAAUAAAUGAAGAACUGAGUAAAAUUAUUAGUGAUUUGCAGAAUGCUAAAAUUGAUGUCCAUGAAGGAAAACGCCAACAGAAGAGGGCAGAAAAUUUGGAGAGCCUCAAAAGAUUGUAUCCUGAUUUUGUGUUUGGAAGACUCGUAGACUUGUGUCACCCUAUCCAUAAAAAAUACCAGCUUGCUGUCACCAAAGUGUUUGGCAAAUACAUGACUGCAAUUGUUGUGGCCUCAGAAAAAGCAGCUAGAAAUUGUAUUCGUUUCCUCAAGGAAGAAAGAGCUGAGCCUGAAACAUUCCUUCCUCUGGAUUACCUUGAAGUUGAACCAAUCAAUGAACAGUUAAGAGAAAUAAGAGGAUCAAAACUGAUGAUUGAUGUCAUACAAACAUCUUUUCCUCCACUGAAGAAAGUUAUUCAGUUUGUCUGUGGAAAUGGCCUUGUAUGUGAAACCAUAAAGGAAGCAAAACAUUUAGCAUUUGAUGGCCAACAUCGACUGAAAACAGUGGCUCUUGAUGGAACUUUGUUUUUGAAAUCUGGAAUAAUUUCUGGGGGCUCAAGUUAUUUGAAACUGAAGGCUAAAUACUGGGAUGAAAAAGAAAUAAAUGAACUUAAGGAACGAAGAGAGAAACUAAUGGAUGAACUAAAGAUCUUACUGAAAGUUAAACAUAAGGAGGCUGAUUUAAAGCAUUUACAAGCUCAGUGCCAAGGAAUUCAAACACGAUACAGAUACUCACAAAACGAACUAGAGGUUCUUAAGAAAAAACGUCUGGCUAAUUUCUACAAGGAAAAAUCUAUGCUGGAAAGUGAAGUGGUAAAUAUACAGUCACAACGUGCCAUGCUGAAUGAAGGUGUCUUACAAAGAACUGAAAAAAUAAAUGAGCUCCAAAAGAAAAUUAAUGAGGUGGAAGACAAUGUUUUUCAUGAAUUCUGUGAAGAAAUUGGUGUAGAGAACAUCCGUGUAUAUGAAAAAGAACAUAUACAACAGCAAGAAGAAUUUGCCAAGAAGAGAUCUGAAUUUGAAAACCAGAAGACAAGACUGAAUGCUCAGUUUGAGUAUAUUAACAGUCUUGUAGAAAAGAUGGUGAAGAAAAACAGUGUGCUGAAGGAGGAUAUUUACAAAGAAGAAGCUGAAAUAAUUCACCUGAAAAAGGAUGAAGAGAAUUUUUUACAAAUGGUGGAUGAGGUUAUGGCAGAAUUACAGCAGCUUAGGGAAAGGCAGAAUAUUAGUAAAACUGACGUUGCAAAAGCACAGAGUGAAGCUGAAGAAUCGAGGAAGGCGUUAGUCACUCUGAACAGAGAGUUAGCAACAUUACAGAAGGAAGCAGGAGCUAUUGAAUGCUCUCUGGAACAGAAGAAAUUAGAGCGACAUAACAGGCUUCUGGAAUGCAAGCUUCAGGAUUUAAGGAUAAGCCUUCUUUUGGGAUCACUGGAUGACAUUAGUGAAAUUGAGCUGGAACCUGAUACUGAAAGCACAGAAGUCACUGCUGGUAUCUAUGAAAGAGAAGAGGCAAUUCAGAUAGACUAUAGCAGUGUUAGAGAACAGUUAAAGGAUUUGCAAUCUGACAAAGAGAUAGAGACUCACUUAGAAGAACUUCAGCAAGAAGUAGCAUGUAAAGAAAAUGUUUUGUUAAAAACAACGGCACCAAAUCUGAAAGCACUGGAGAAGCUGCAUAUUGUUACAGGCAGAUUCCAAGAAUCUGUCAAUGCAUUUGAAGCCCGUAGGAAGGAAGCCAGAUUAUGUAGGCAAGAAUUUGAAAAAGUGAAAAAAAAGAGAUAUGAGCGAUUCAGCCAGUGUUUUGAGCAUGUGUCAGUCGCUAUUGAUCAGAUCUACAAGAAACUUUGUAGAAACAACAGUGCUCAGGCCUUUCUUAGUCCAGAGAAUCCUGAGGAGCCUUACUUGGGAGGCAUCGGCUAUAACUGCGUCGCUCCUGGGAAGCGAUUUAUGCCAAUGGACAACCUCUCAGGAGGAGAGAAGUCUGUGGCAGCCCUGGCACUUGUGUUUGCGAUGCACAGUUUUAGGCCUGCUCCCUUUUUUGUCUUAGAUGAAGUUGAUGCAGCGCUAGAUAACACAAACAUUGGAAAAGUAUCAAGCUUUAUUAGGCAGCAGUCAGAAGAAAGGUUUCAGAUUAUAGUUAUUUCUCUGAAGGAAGAAUUCUAUUCUAAAGCAGAUGCUUUAAUUGGAGUCUGCCCUCAAGUAAGUAGUGCCUUUCCCCAACUUAUUUCAGGGAAGAAAAAGAAACACAUCCCAAUGAUUUUGAAAACUAAAUAUCUGUCCCUGUAUCGUUACAGUAAGAUGAUCUCUGCUCAGUCUCUCUCUUCCCUUUUCAGCAAGAUGACUUUAUGUUUAGUCAGAUACUGAUCCUGGACCUGACCCGAUAUCCAGACUCUGAGGAGAAUGAAAGGCAGAAAUGGAAGAAGAGCUCUGUGCUUUAGUAAUGCCUGCUAGCUUUACUACAUAACAUUUUAUGGUUCUAGAUCAGGUCAUAGGAUCACUGUUGCAAUCGGUUUAAAUGUAGUUACUAAAGCACUUACUUGAGUUUAAAACAACACCCUUAAAUAUUUAAUGUGAAACUGGUUGACAUUCUUCAUUAUGUCAUCCAAAUACACUUUUUCUGGCUGGAGGUUGAUUGUUCAUAUCUGCAGUACCUGAGAUCCAAACUGGAAAUUCAAAGCAGAGGAAUAGAGUAGCACUCCAUCUUGCAACAAAAACAGAAAAAGGGGGGGAUUGAAGAAAAUACGGCUAUCCAUUCCAUUUUCCUUCUUGUAGCUUUGCCAUUAUCCUGAAAGACCCUAAAUACAUAUUCCAAACAGCAACGCACACAGAACUCCAUCAGAGACACUGACAGUAUGGAAAGCUACCGUGCUUUGGUGGCUUCUCUGCAUUGGCUCUGUCUUUUAGCCAUGCAUUUUCCGUUUGAUCAGGGCUUUGGGCUGGGAUUAGAAACAUCUGUAUGUAUGUUAGGUCAUGACUGCCUGGCAUUCUAGUCGCUAACCUUGCCAAUUUGGGGGCAUUUCAAGCGAAUGCUAAUCUAGUUCAGAUGAACUUCUAUAGAUGGUGUGGCAUUGUACUCACUGGAGAGUUGAAUUAAUAGUUCUUGAUCUAAAAUGAAGUUUGUAUACCAUAUGCGCUUGUAUUUGAAGUUCAUUAAAUAAAACUAUUCAGUUCUAGCGUUUUUC